GGGUUUUACUUUUACCUGCUCUCCAUCUCCGUGCAAAAAACCCUCCUUCCGCAGCUGAUCUCACCGCGAUGGCGCCCAAGCUCACCAAAGCCGAGAAGAAGGUCUCCUACGACAAGAAAAUGUGCCGUCUGAUCGACGAGUACGCUCAGAUCCUGGUGGUCGCCGCCGAUAACGUCGGAUCAACGCAGCUCCAGAACAUCCGCAAGGGUUUGCGCGGCGAUUCCGUCGUUCUGAUGGGGAAAAACACCAUGAUGAAGCGCACCGUCAGGAUCCACUCCGAGAACACCGGCAACACCGCGAUCCUCAACCUCGUGCCUCUCCUUGUUGGUAAUGUAGGGUUGAUCUUUACCAAGGGCGAUUUGAAGGAAGUCAGUGAGGAGGUUGGCAAAUACAAGGUCGGAGCACCCGCUCGUGUUGGUUUGGUAGCUCCAAUCGAUGUCGUUGUCCCACCCGGCAACACUGGGCUUGAUCCAUCACAGACUUCCUUCUUCCAGGUUCUCAAUAUUCCCACCAAGAUCAACAAGGGCACUGUCGAAAUCAUAACCCCUGUGGAGCUCAUCCACAAGGGCGAUAAAGUGGGAUCCUCCGAAGCCGCACUGCUCUCCAAGCUCGGAAUCCGCCCCUUCUCGUACGGCCUCGUCGUGCUCUCCGUCUACGACAACGGAUCCGUCUUCAGUCCCGAAGUUCUCAACUUGACAGAAGAUGACCUCACCGAGAGAUUCGCACAGGGUGUCGCCAUGGUCACUUCCCUGUCGCUGGCCAUCGCGUACCCGACCAUCGCAGCUGCCCCGCACAUGUUCAUCAACGCGUACAAGAACGCGCUGGCCAUCGCCGUGGAGACGGAAUACUCCUACCCCCAUGCUGACAAAGUGAAGGAGUAUCUCGCGGAUCCUAGCAAGUUUGCGGUUGCAGCUGUGCCGGCGGGAGCGGCGGUUUCCGGCGGUGCUGCUCCGGUGGCCGCGGCCAAGGAGGAGGCGAAGGAGGAAGAGGAUGAGGAGGAGGAUGAUGACUUUGUUUGCAACCUUUUCGACGAUUAGGUUUAUGUUAGUAGUUUUAAUGAAAGCUAGCUUUUGACUAAUUAAUUUUAGCUUGGUGUUAUUGUUUUGAUGCUUUCUUAGGAAAUGGUUUCCACUUGUUACCAAAACAUUUGAGAGGUAGUUUAUGUUUAGUAUUUGAA